CGCAACAAGUGUUCAGGCCAAGCAUCCAACUCCCUUUCAGAACGCUGCAGCACUCCAUUGGACAGCUGAGUGAGUCAUAAGGUGGAGCGGGGAAGGGCGCGCACCCGCAACGUGGCUAACCUGCGCAGAGCACCGCCCUUUGCACCACCACCAUGCCCUCUGCCACCCAUCCUCGUCGCCGCGGAGCCCGGCCCACCGACGCCGCAAUGACUCCCCUCCUCAUUGACUCUUUCAAGAAGAUGAACAUCCGCAAGGGUGAAACGUUCAACAACGGCACCAAUAAGGACAAGGCUGAGCUGUGGGAUCCGCUAUCACCGUCUAUGCCCUCGCGCUCCACCACCUGCCCCAAGUCUCUCGAAGACUUGCUCAUCGGCUCUGGCGAGCGCCGUACUGCCGAUCUGCUGGAUCGUGUCGACAAGGCUGUCACCCAGAACGCGGAAGCGCUGACCGCGGUGCUUAACGAGCCCGAGGCUCUCCCAGUGCAGGCUCUACUGAGCAUCAUCGACAACGACGUGCCUGCACCCCGUCCGCGUUUACGUCGUCAGCGUCACUCCUCUGAUAGCGGCCUCGGAUCAAGCAUAGAAUCUCUCUCUGCUUCCGCCAAGACAGAGACCGGUGAGACCGAGGCGGAAGCGGAUGAUACCGAUGCAACCUCUGUCGCUUCCGAAGAAGAUCGUGGCUUGAGCAAUUACGCCGCCGAGCAGAUCCACAAGCUCAUCGUCAAGCCCAUUCUCGACGAAAAGGCACUUCAAGAGUUCCAUCCGCUUGUUGAGAGGGUUCCUGAGCGCAUCGGCAACAAGGAUAUUAAGACUCUCCGCGACCUCGAGCGCACCCUCAUCUUUCUCGCUCCGGAUUACGCGCGUACUCCUUCGAAAUACCUACGCUUUUGCGAGCGUACGAUUCGCGUAUUGCACACGACUGUCACAACCCUACACGAGUCCGAUCAGCGCGAGCCGACCGACCGACCGUACACGCAAGGCUACUUCUUUGAUCUCGUGGCGCAGAUUCGCAGAUACGCUCAGAUUCUGGCUGCUACACGCGCAUCCCAAGAGCAAGACAAGACUAAGGAAGGCGACGCAAUGGAGCAGAGCAAGUAUGUUGCUAAGUGUUCAAUGACCAUUGUCAAGUCACGUGCUAACCAUUCAUGCAGGGGCGAGAGUGUUUCACUCCAUGGUGGCAUGAGUCACAAUGGGAAGCCGGCUGAGCUUGUCAGGCAGCUUGCUUCCGCUUCCUCUAACAAGCGUCCAAUGCCCGCCGACCUCACCGACGAUGAAGAUGCUCUCCGCUCCAUGGCACGGCGCAAGAAGGGCGCCAAGCCCGAAAUUCACACGUGUACCCAAUGCGACAAGGAGUUCAAGCGACCUUGCGAUCUCACUAAACACAUCAAAACCCAUGAGAGACCGUGGAAGUGUCGCGAACAAAGCUGCAAGUAUCACGACCUGGGUUGGCCAACGGAGAAAGAACGCGACCGCCACGAGAACGACAAGCAUUCUAACAGCGCUGCGCGCUACUACUGCCAGUUUCAGCCUUGCCCUUACAGCUCCAAGCGUGAGUCAAACUGCAAGCAGCACAUGGAGAAGGCGCAUGGGUGGGAGUAUGUACGCUCGAAGUCCAACGGCAAAGGCAGAGUGCCUAGUGCGAGCACUGGCAGCAUCACGCGCCUGCCGCCGCAAGGCUCAGUUCCGCAGUCACCGGCGGUAUUGACGCCCUACACUCCGAUUGCGCCGUCGCCG